GAAACGGUUUCAUCAAGCAUUCGAAGAACUCAAACACAACAUGUUAGUCAUAGGAGUAUUGCUGGCGUUCCUAACGCUGGCUACUGUUAACUGUCGGCCAAACUUCGCCUACAAUCAGAGUGUUCCUUACACUAACUUGCAAUUUGACCUUGACAGCUUUAAUGUUUUGGAUGUUUUCAUGUCGUAUGAUCAAACCAAUCAAUGGUUGGCAGCAUUAGCGGCUGAAUAUCCAGACAAGUGCAAGGUACAACCGAUUGGCGAUUCUUUCUAUGGUCUCGACAUCAACGCGAUCCAUAUCAACACACAACAAAGCAAGAAAAUUUUCGUAGUCGCUAACCUAAAUGCGCGCGAGUGGGCUGCCAUGACAUCGGCCAUCUACAUCAUCCACGAGCUUGUGCGUAAUUCCAACAGCUACCCAGACGCGGCAAAGUAUCAAUGGGUCGUUGUUCCCAUCACAAAUCCGGAUGGCUACGAGUAUACAAGAACCACAGAUCGCUUCUGGCGCAAAAACCGUUACCCUCAAACGGACACUGAAUUCGGAACAGACCUAAACCGUAACUUUGAUUACAUGUGGGACUUGUUGCUGAACGAAGAAGAUGAUGAUAGGCUAGGAGAAACUUACCGUGGUCCAGUACCGUUGUCGGAAUUCGAAGCUAGGGCAAUUGCAAAAUUUCUUCAGCAAAAUGCGAAUUCAAUCGUGCUCUAUGUUGAUCUACAAGCUUACGGAGAGUAUUUAAUGAUUCCUUGGGGUUAUACGAAAGAUCCUGCACCAAAUGCUGAGUUCCUUACGUCUGUAGCACAGGCAGGCUCUAAAGCUAUAACAGAUCCUACGAGAGUACCUCGCGAUGCGCCCUUUUAUUUGGUGGGAUCAGCAGCGGAGUUAAUGAAACCGGCGCCGGGAUCUAGUAUCGACUACUGUCUAUCCGUUGGAGUAAAGGCUUGUAUUGCCAUGAAGUUGACAAAUCGGUCAUACGAAAUACAUACCUGGGGUAUCCCUAUAUUCGGCCAACAAGCCCUGGCUGCCGUGCAAGCAAUGGCAGAUAAAGCAGACGAAGGAUAAACGCUACGACGGGAGAUGUUUGGUUUUGAGAUUCAAACCGCUGCAAAGAUUCAAGCUAUGUAGAAUUAAU